CGUACGACAGUUUGUAAAUAACUGCAACAGCGAAAAAGCACUUUUUGGACAUCAGCUGUCAAGGGAAAACACCUGUCGACUUGGUACAGUAAAGUUGUUCAAACUAUUUUGGAAGUUUCUUUUCUCUUUGACAUCUUUUUUUGCCUCAUGUAAUAUUACGGAGAGAACAAGAUUUGCGGACAGUAAAGUGUACAGGCAACUCAAAAACCUCCAACGUAAUUGCUAUUCACAUGUCAACAAAAAUGGAGCAACCGUUUUAUCAUGACGACUCGUUUCUUUCUGCUUAUGGUCAUCCAGACGCUGCCCUGCACGACUACAAGCUCCUAAAGCAGAACAUGAGCGUGGGCUUCGGCGAACCUUACCGGAACCUCAAGUCCCUCCGCUCCGAAAGCAACUUCUACACUGCGGCAACCGCAGACGUGGGCUCGCUGAAACUCGCCUCUCCGGAACUGGAGAGACUCAUCAUCCAGAACGGUAGCGGCGUCUUCACAUCACCCACUCCGGGGCAGUAUCUGUACGGCCGGGGCAUCACAGAAGAGCAGGAGGGCUUCGCGGACGGCUUCGUAAAAGCGCUGGACGAGCUCCACCAAAUGAACCAAAUGCCCCCGCCGAACGUGUCCAUCGGAGUCGGCGGCGUGUCAUCCUGCUCUGCCGCGUCGUCCGUCUUCUGCGCCUCCCUGCAGCCGGAGACGCCCGUGUACACCACCCUGAACAGCAGCAAUCCCAACACUAACCUAACACCUGCAGCCAACUACCCGACAGCCACCAUCAGCUACCUGCCUCACCACCACCAACAGUACCAUCACCACCACCACCACCAAGCAACGACGCACCCUCAUCACCAUUUUCAGCACUCGCUCCAUCAUCCGCAGCGACUUGUUGCGCUUAAAGAGGAGCCACAGACCGUGCCCGACCUGCAGAGCAGCGACGGCUCUCCUCCCAUGUCCCCCAUCGACAUGGAGGACCAGGAGCGCAUCAAAACGGAGCGCAAAAAGCACAGGAACCGGCUGGCGGCCACCAAGUGCCGGCGACGGAAGCUGGAGCGCAUCUCCAGGCUGGAGGACAAAGUGAAAGUUCUCAAGUCGGAUAACGCCGGACUGUCCAGCACCGCCUCCCUACUGAGGGAGCAAGUUGCCCAGCUCAAGCAGAAGGUCAUGACCCAUGUGAGCAGCGGGUGCCAGCUGAUGCUGACGCCGAAGAUCAAGUCGUUUUAAACGGCGUUUCAACUUCCUGCGAUGACACGGACACUGACAAAUGGGAAACACUGGAAGAGCAGAUCAUGUUUGUGAUGUUUUGAUGCAAAUGAUAUUGCAGCACUGAGUACGAGCGUUGUAUAUUUCUUAUGUGUUUUCUUGUAGAAAACUAGAGUGUUAAUAGUUGUUUUCAAAAGCAUCUUCAAGGUACUAAAUGCUGAAGAAUGGACAAUGAAAGCACAGGGAGAAACCUUUAAGUUGGUUUUGUUUUUAAGUGCUGCCCUAUGAAAACAUUCCAGUAAGUUAUUGAUAUUGUGAGUCGGGUUGAUCCAGACCUGUAUUUCUGCUUGUUUUGUUUAUAAUUUUUUUAUAUUUAAGUAAAAGCGUUGAAAAUACUGCCACUG